UCACUGAAAUCUCCUUUCAAGCCGAGACCAACCCUUCAUUCCAUUCCCCUCGCAGUCCCUGCGCUCUCCAUCACCAUUACAGCUUAAUUACGCGACUAAUUACACCUCGCUCCUUGUUUUCCAGAAUUCCCUGCGUUCCACACUCACACCCCACAGCCAUGUCCUGCUACGACCUCUGCGCCCCCACGUCCUGCGGCCCCACGCCGCUGGCCAACAGCUGCAACGAGCCCUGCGUCCGGCAGUGCCAGGACUCCACCUACGUGAUCCAACCUUCUCCUGUGGUGGUCACCCUGCCCGGGCCCAUCCUCAGCUCCUUCCCCCAGAACACCGCCGUGGGAUCCUCGGCCUCCGCGGCCGUCGGGGAUGCUCUGAGCGCCGGCGGCGUCCCCAUCUCCUCGGGCAGCGCCUCGGGGCUCGGCAGUUUGGGGUACUCCGCUUUGGGGGGGCUCUAUGGAAGGUCCUACCGGCGCUCCAACCGCUGCGGGCCCUGAGGGAGCCCCGGGACGGCCGGGAAGGGAUGAGCAGGAGAUGGAAAGCGCGAUCGGAUGCAGGACUGGGCCCGUGCCCACCCGCUUGCUGACCCCCGCAGCUUUGCCCCGAGCUCCGGGGCUGCAGGAGCUUGGCCUUUCCCGUGUGGUGCCUUCCUGUGGUAUCAGGGAGGUGAAAAAUGUCACUCGAUUGUCGCUGGGUGUCCAGCUGUAAAGCACUGCCUGGAAAUGGGUGAUGAAUUUUAAUCGGUAUUCAACCCUUCUGCUUUCCUAUGCUGUAUUUUUUUUUUUUUAAUUCCACUUCUUGCUCAUUAAAUAGAUGGUGCAUCACAAUUUGUGGUUUGCAAUGUUCCUUCUCUGUCUUCCUCUUUGGAGCCUCCUCUGGCAGAAAUUUGCCUGUACAUAAGUUGUGAGUACCAAGCCGAUCUGCAUUUCAGUUAUACCAUGGUAAUCACUGAGGAGUUAGAGAAAUAUAAACAAUGAAUAAU